AUGAACUUCUAUCCACCACCUCCCACGAUUAAAGCUGAGGUCUGGCUUCGCAUCCCUGAUGAUAAGCGAUGCAUUGGCCAAGAUUCAGAGUGGCGCGGGGGCUUUGCGGGCUCCUUCAAGCACAUCUUUCUUGAAGGGCCUGUCUUUGAUAGCGUUGGAAAUCUCUAUGUCGUCGACAUUCCAUAUGGCCGCAUUCUGAAGAUCGAUAAGGAUAAGAAUGUCUUGGUUGCUUGUACUUGGGAUGGUGAGCCGAAUGGUCUUGUUGGAAGCGCGGAUGGAGAUCUGCUCGUGGCAGAUUACAAACAGGGAAUCCUGUCCUUUAACCCUGAGACUGGGAAGAUGGGGCCGAAAUUAACAAGAAAGAAUUUAGAGAGAUUCAAAGGUCCGAAUGAUCUCAUCAUCGACUCGAAGGGGAAUCUUUACUUCACAGAUCAAGGACAGACAGGCAUGACCGAUCCAACAGGCCGUGUCUACCGUUUGUCGCCAGAUGGAAGACUCGACACUCUUCUCGACAACGGUCCGUCGCCCAAUGGUCUAGUCCUUUCUCGCGACGAACGUUUCCUCUAUGUCGCCAUGACAAGAGCAAAUCAAGUGUGGCGCUUACCCCUACACCCAGACGGUACGACAUCUAAAGCAGGCGUCUUCUUUCAGUCUUUUGGUAACGCAGGUCCAGACGGCCUUGCUCUGGAUGAAGAGGGGAACCUGUUCAUCUGCCACCCAAGUCUCGGGCCAAUGCUAGCCCAUCCUUCCCAUCGAUACGGUCGGCCUAGCUUUACCAACAAAAUCCCCAAUACGACCGUCUUUGUCAUCUCUCAGCGUGAUGGGGAAAUAAUGUCCAUCAGAGGCGGUGGUCCCGGUGCUACCCCGAAAGCACUAGGAGUGACAAGAAGCCCGUUACUUUACAUUAUUGCCAAGGGGAGCCCCCGAAUUCUCCUACCAAUUUGCAUGCUUGCCUGGUCUUGCGUCACCAUCUGCAUACCUACUGUCACUUCCGGAUGGGGCUUCUGUCUAUGCCGUUUCAUUAUCCGACUGGUCGAAGGUCCCUUCGUUCCAGCAGUCUCCCUCAUGACCUCUUCCUGGUACACAAAGCACGAAUCGCCUCUUAGAAUGGGUGUCUGGCAUGCCGGAAACACAAUUUCCCAAGCCCUGUCAGGUCUUCUGGCCGCCGGCAUCUUGACAAAUAUGGAAGGCGUCGCUGAUUUGCGAGCAUGGAAAUGGUUUCUACUCCUCGAAGGCGCUGUGAGCAUUCUCGUGGCAAUCGUGAGCUUCUGGUUCAUCCCCAACUUUCCGGACUCGACUGGCACGUACUUCAUCACCGAAGAAGAGGCUGCCAUGGCUCAAUAUCGUCAGGCAGUUGAUGCAGGUGGUAUCUCUGAGGACGAUAGUGGUGAUUACUGGUCCGGUUUCUGGAUGCUUCAAAUCUCAUGGGAAACCACUGUUGUACCCCGCCCUCGUACUAAGCGUGCCGCUCUAAUUGCCUACGCAAACUGUGUCUCAUCUGUGUCACAUUGGUUUACGCCUUACUUCUUCCUUCGAAACCAGGAACCCUACUAUCAAACUGGCGGUGGUGCUAUUAUUGCUGGAUGUGGUCUGACUGUUAUCUUUGUAUUAAUUGCCAAGUGGUAUGUUGCCAAGAAGAACAAGGCAUUGAAAUCUGCGGAAGAUUCUGCUGGAGAGCCCGUGGGAUGGAGAUAUGCUGGAUAG